AUGGGUGAAGGCACUCUUAUCCGCUUUUGGCAUGAUAGGUGGAUUGGUGACAAUACUCUAAAAGAUCGCUAUCCUGAUCUCUAUGUGUGCUCAGCAGUCAAGGAUGCUUGUAUCUCUGAGGUUUUGUGGAUGCCAGAAGGGGGUACUGUUAGAGUAUGGGAUUUAAGGUUCUAUAGAGCUUUUGAAGAUUGGGAGCUAGCUGCAUCUUAUUCCCUUCUCCAGCUUAUCCAAACUCGUAUUCCUCGGGGUGAUAAGAGUGAUACUCUUUGUUGGCGGUUAAAGGGUGAUGGUAAUUUUGACACCCGGUCUUAUUACCAUGCGAUUUGGGGUGCCUCAAAUUCUUUGUUUCCUUGGAAGGGUGUUUGGAAACUAGAGAUUCCUAGGCAAGUGGCAUUCUUUUUGUGGAAAGCUGCUCAUGGUCAGAUCCUCACUUUGGACAAUCUAAUGCUUAGGGUCGCCCUUUGGCUACUUGGUGUUGUAGUGAUGGGGAGUCGGCCUUUGGUAUUCAUUAGGUUAUGCCAGGAUCAGUGGCAGCAGAAUUCUAAACCUAAUAAUAAUAUUUUAAUCCUAUUUUCCCCCGAAAUUUCUCUCUCCCUCAUUAUUUCUGUUAUCUUCUCUCUCUCUUCCUUUCUCUCUUUCUCAUCUGCUCUCUCCUCCAAGUCCAAGACCAGAUCGGCACUCUCCCUCCUCAAAUCCGAGCAGAACCCACACAAAAUCCUCGAAAUCUGCCACGCCGCUUCUCUCACCCCCGAGUCCCACCUCGACCGCAUCGCUUUCUCCGUCGCCAUUUCCAAGCUCUCCGAAUCCAACCACUUCGACACAAUCCGCCAGUUCCUCGACGACCUCCUAACCUCUCGCCCCGACCUCAAAACGGAGCGUUUCGCUUCUCACGCUAUCGUUCUGUACGGUCAAGCCAAGAUGAUCCCACAAGCCAUUGACACUUUCAAGCGAAUUCACGAUCUGGGUAUUCCUCGAACCGUUAAAUCUCUCAACGCUUUGCUUUUUGCUUGUCUUUUGUCUAAGGAUUACAAGGAGCUGAAUCGGGUUUACAUUGAGUUUCCGAAGUUUUAUGAGAUUAAGCCGAAUUUGGAUACGUUUAAUACGGUGAUUAAAGGGUUUUCGGAAUCAGGUUCGACCAGUUCUGGGUACUCUGUUUUGGCUGAGAUGGAGAGGAAGUCUGUGAAGCCGAAUGCCACUACUUUUGGGAAUUUGCUUGCUGGGUUUUAUAAGGAGGAGAAGUUUGAGGAUGUUGGGAAAGUUUUGAAAUUGAUGGAGAGCCAUGGAGUGAAUAGGGGAUUUUGGUGGUUGAUUUGGGUUGAUCAAGCGGCGGUGUCUGGGUUUUGAUUGGGUUGAUCUGGUUUUUUUUUUUUUUUUUUUUUUUUUUUUUUUUUUUUUUUUUUUCCUGUUGUGAUCGGGGUUGAUCGGCGGUGUUUGGGUUUUUGU